AUGUUCACAGAAUGGAAUCCAGUCAAAGGGUACAUCAUCAUGGAGUACCUAGAAGACCUGAAAGUUGUUCAUAUAUACGAAAACGUCACACCAAAGGAUUUAAAGGCCCACAGUUUAGCUCUGAGUACGGUGAUUGGACAUGUCACUGUGAGUGGAAUAAACGGCAGAUCAGAUCCGAUCCUUUACUGGCAAAAAUAA